UGUUGGAUAGGAUAGAGAGAAAUGGAGAGAGGAGGGGAAGACAGAGAGGGGGAGAGAAAGACAGACACCUGCAGACCUGCUUCACCGCCUGGGAAGCGACUCCCCUGCAGGUGGGGAGCCGGGGGCUCGAACCGGGGUCCAUGCGCCGGUCCUUGCGCUUUGCGCCACGUGCGCUUAACCCGCUGCGGUACCGUCCGACUUGAUUUAAAUUUUUUAAAUAUAAUUAUUUAUUUUCCCUUUUGUUGCUCUUGUAAUUCUGAUUUUUUUUUUAACCCUUUUCUCCACAGAGCCAUGAAUGCCUUUUCUUUAGGUAUAGAUGGUUUUUGCAGGGUUUGUAUGUGCGGCUCCUUUUUGCACCCGCGGCCAGCGGAGAAGCAUCCAGAAAGCGCUGCUGGGACCCGGGUUCCCUCCCCGGGGCCUCGCCCGCGGGUCCCUGCGGCUGCCCACGGGGGCGUGGUUUCGGCGGCUGGCCAAUCAAGAGCCCCUCCAGGCCGAGGGGGCGGGGCCGAGGGCCCCUGCGUCGUCGGGUCACGUGGGGCGGGCGGUUAACUGUCGGGGUAACGGCUCCCGAGCCCAGUCUCGGGGCUGCCGCCGGAGUCACAGCAUCGGGGCGCCGGCUCCGCCGAGGACUCGCAGACAUGGAAUCGAUUUCUUAUGAAGACGUGACCGUGAGCUUCCCUCCUGAUGAGUGGGCUCUGCUGGACCCUUCCCAGAAGAAGCUGUACAUCGACGUGAUGCGGGAGACAUACUGGAACAUGGCCUCAGUCGGGAUCCAAAGGGAGGCUCGGUACACUGAAAAUCAGAAUGAAAACCCUGGGGAAAAUCGAAGUGGUGACGCGGCCGAGAGAGACCGGGACCGUGGGGACGAGGUUAGUCAAGACCAAGAUGAUGGCGGCCGUACCCCGGAUGGCAACCCUAACACGGAAACUGCUGUGGUGAAGCCAUGCGGGUGUAGUGCAUGUAGAGAGAUCCUCCGGCGUGACUCCCUGCUUAGUGGCCACCGCAGAUGCCCUACCGGAAACAAACUACCCGAGUCUCAGAGAGAGAGAGAGAAGCCUUAUUCAUGUAGAGAAUGUGGGAAAAGCUUCAGGUUUUCCAUCUCACUUCGGAUACACGAGAGAUCCCACACCGUUGGCAAUUUCUAUCGGUGUAAGCAGUGUGGAAAGGCCUACAGGUACCACAAAUCUUUUCAGAAACACAUCCGGAUGACCCACGUGGGCAACAGAUGCCAUCAGUGUCGAACAUGUAACAGAGUGUUCACUUGCCCGAGUUCUCUGCAAAACCAUGAGAAGACUCACACUGAGGAGAGACCUUACAAAUGUAAGGAGUGCGGAAAGGCCUACAGAUAUCAGUGGACCUUAAAAAUCCACCAAGGCACUCACAGCGGGAAGAAACCGUAUGUGUGUAAAGUGUGUAGCAAAGCCUUCAGUUGUCUGCAGUACCUUCGGAAGCACGAGAAAACGCACAGCGGCCAGAAAAGCUAUGAGUGCAAGGAGUGUAAGAAGGUCUACAAAUAUCCCAGCACGUUACAGAGACACACGAGGACUCACGCAGGGGGAAAACCCUACCAGUGUCAGCUGUGCGGUAAGUGUCUUAGUUCGCACCAGAGCUUCCAGAUACACGAGAGGAUUCACACUGGAGUGAGACCCUAUUCCUGCAAGACGUGCGGGAAGGCCUUCAGUUGCCCCAAUUCGCGGAGAAGACAUCAAAGGACACACUCUGGGAAUAAACCCUGUGAGGAAGAUGAAAUAUCAAGAAGUCGGUCAAGCCCUGAAGCAGCCACCACCCGGUCGACUGGGGAUGCCCCUUACACUUGUAAGCGAUGUGGACAAAGCUUCCCCUGUCAUGGGACCUUCACAGCUCACGAGAGCGCUCACACCCGAGAGAAACCAUAUCGAUGUAAACACUGCAGCAAAGCCUUCAGGACGCGGAGAAGCUUCCGAAUCCAUCAAGGGAACCACACCGGUGUGAAGCCCUAUGAGUGUAAGACAUGCGGUAAGGCCUUCAUCUGGCCUAGUUCUCUUCGAAAACACCUGAGAUACCAUACCAGCACCAACCCUGUGGCCGCUGGGUCCGUAGGGGAAGCCUCUGUGGCUCCCUAAGCCUUUGAUCGGAAAUGAUUCUCUCUGAUAUUCGAAGAGGGAGUCACCCUGGGGGCUGGGAGACAGAGACAGCUCAGGGGGUUGUGCACAUAAACCUUUUGGUGCAUAACGCCCCUGGGUUUAAUCCCAGAACCAUGUGGGAACACCAUGAACAACACCAACAGGAACUCUAGGGAUGAUGGAACUGAGCUGUGCUGUGUGUCUUUCUCUCAAAAACAAGAAAAAACAACCAAAAAAAAUGGACCAGGGAGGCUUUGUACACAUGGCGCAAACUCUCGGUCCAUUCCUUGGCAAGAUGUAAAAUCACACUGCAGGGAAACUCUGUGAAUAUAAGCAACGUGGGGAAAAGCUAUAUUCCAGUUCCUUACACGUCUCAAAUUUUGAGAAUCUAGCCAGUAAAACACUAUAAGUAUGGGUGGGUUCAGUCCUCUUUGGAGCUGUGGAAAAUUCACACUGAAUAGAGGAAACCGAGCUGUGGAAGCAACGUGAUAAAAGCUUUGAGCAUUCCAGUUCUAUUCCCAAGCAUUUAAAAAUUCGCAGCGGAGAGCAGCCCUGUGAAGGUCUGUAGUGUGGUUAAGCUGUUUUCACCUGGUUUUUCACGUCAAGGACACGUACCCGCUGCAGUGAAACCAUUUGACCCACAUCCUGAAAUGUGACAAUUUCCACUGGAAAUAAAGGGGGAAAAAAGUUCCAGGGGAAAGCCCAAGGGAGUUGAAAAAAAAACUUUUUAUUGGGAAAAAGUUGUGAUAUAGAAGGUGGUGCAUUGUGCUUCUUGGGCCUCAUUAAAAAGGUACACCGACCUGACGGUAGGUUUCUACAAAGUGUCCUCAGAGAUGAAUAGAGAGAGAUGGAAGUUUUCCAUGAGUCAUAUUUUCAGCAUAAAUAAAUAGAUUUACUAGGUAGUGAUUUAAGGUUUAUUAGCUAGUGAUUUGUCCUUAAGACAGUUGGUAAUUUCUUUUUGUUUGGAACCUGUUGGAUCCUUGGCUAAUAUAAAAAAAAAAUUGUUUUUCAGUAAGUGUUUUAAGAAUUAUAUCUAGAGAGAAGGCCAGAGAGAAGUACUUGACAUUCUACGUGGGGAUUGAAUUCAGAACUUCAACAUCAAGUUCAUCACACUCUUCCUCAUUGAGCCACCUCCUGCGUCCCUCAGCUGUAUUUGUACAGGUGGCUCAGUGGAUAAAACAUUGGACUCUCCAGCAUGAGGUCUGGAGUUCAACCCCUGGCAUCGUCCUAUGUCCGAGUGAUACUCUGGUUCUCUCGCUCAUUAAAAAAAAAUUAAAAAAAACAUUUUUUAAACUGUAUUUGCAAUGUAGCAUGUAAGUUGGUAUGUGAUUUUUUUUAAUUGUUUUUUUUUUAAUAGUGACUGCUAUUUGUUGGGAUUGCUCUACUGGCUUGGUGGGAAAAUCCCUAAACCAUCAUUUACACUGGUACCUUUCUUACUGAGAAAAAUGCCAUUUUUGAAUGGAUGGGUUUGCUUCUCAUGUUUCCUAUUAAACAGUUUAUUAAA